UCAGUUCAUUUGGUUGGUAGAGGCGAACGGUGGUGCAUAGCUCGACAGCUGAUUCUGGACUGUGUUGCGUCGUCCGAUCGUUUCUCUCCACUGUCAGUCGUAGUUGACACCGCGGAUCGGUUAGCUGCUUCGCGAUUCGAUUCUCGCUUAUGCGGGUACGUACAACAGAGCCAAUCGCGAUCCUACGAAGUACUUCCCUCGAAAACGAAUGCAGCCUCGCGAUUCCGAAUACUUCUCAUCGAUCAUUGGGAAAGCGAAGACGAGGAUUAAAGGCGCAUCGUAACGUUUCACCACGGCCUACCGAACUGCUUCUCCCUUUAUUGUGAUUAUUGUGGCCACUAUUUUCUUAUAAACGCGACCGUUGUGCAUGGUGGAGGAGCGAGCGAAGAAAGGGCGGAGAGGCCAAGGAUGCAUAGCGUCAUCAUUAGGGUAUGAUUUCGGACGCUGUUAGGAUUCCUAAAUUUACCUUCGACCGAUGCAUCAACAGAUGAUGGCGGAUUUAAAGAAUCUCGCUUUGACCGGUGGAGGAGGAUCUAGGUACAGUGGAGAUGAACAGGUACAGUUCAUUCCUGGCGGAAGUCAUCAGGUGACAAUUAAAUCUCCUCCACCCUCUCUGCAUUUGGAAAAUCUCAACAAUGCUGUUCUCAGUGGCUCACAAAAUAAUCUCCACUGCAAUUGCAACGGUAGUACGUCGAAUGGUACCGCAGUUGCAAUGUCUAGCAGUAGCAUGUUCGUGAGAAAAGUACCAAACCAUAGCCCAGGACAGGAUGGUAAAAGGCCGGCAGUAACAUUGACGCAUUUACCGAAGAGGCCACCGGUUGACGUUGAGUUCAAGAACCUAGCGUACAGCGUGUCCGAAGGCAGAAAGAGAGGAUACAAAACAAUUUUAAAAUGUGUAAACGGAAAAUUUCGAUCCGGAGAACUGACUGCCAUCAUGGGCCCUUCAGGCGCCGGGAAAAGUACACUUAUGAAUGUUUUAGCAGGUUACAAAACAUCCCACCUGAGCGGUUCUGUUCUGAUAAACGGAAAAGACAGGAAUCUCAGGAGAUUUCGAAAGAUGUCCUGCUACAUAAUGCAAGACGACCGUCUGCUACCUCAUCUAACUGUUUAUGAGACAAUGACGGUUUCAGCCAAUUUGAAAUUAGGCAAGGACAUCAGCAAGAGGGAAAAGAAAAUAGUGAUCGAAGAAAUCAUCGAAACGCUCGGCCUAAGUGACGCGAGCAAUACACAAACUCACUGCCUUAGCGGAGGUCAGAGAAAGAGAUUAUCGAUCGCACUGGAGCUCGUUAACAAUCCUCCGGUGAUGUUUUUUGACGAACCAACUUCUGGGUUGGACAGUUCGACUUGUUACCAAUGUUUAAGUUUGCUCAAAUCGUUAAGUAGAGGAGGAAGGACUAUUAUAUGUACGAUACAUCAACCAAGCGCACGAUUGUUUGAAAUGUUCGAUCAUUUGUACCUUUUAGCCGAGGGCCAGUGUAUAUAUCAAGGAAACGUUGGGGGCCUGGUGCCCUUUUUAUCGUCAAUGGGUUUAGAAUGUCCCGGUUAUCAUAAUCCAGCUGAUUACGUUAUGGAAGUCGCAUGUGGAGAGCACGGAGAAUGCGUGCAUAAAUUAGUCAUGGCAGUAAAUAACGGUAAAUGUGCUAAUUACCAGCAUCAUCAAGCUGCAAUAAAUGCGGUGCAAACUGUAUCGAAUGACAUCGCGAAAGAAUCACCGCAGCAGGAGACAAAGUCUGAAUCUGCUUUGAUACCAAAUGGCGUGGCAAAGCAACCGAAUGGGGGAACAGUAAUCAACAUACCAAUUUCUUGCACGACUUCAUUGUUGGACAGUGCAGAAAGUAUAGAACAGAAAGUUGGUUUUCCAACGAAUAGUUGUACCCAAUUUUGGAUCCUUCUUAAAAGGAUAUUUUUGUCACAGAUAAGAGACAUGACAUUAACGAGAGUAAGGCUGAUUUCCCAUAUAAUCGUUGGGUUUCUCAUUGGCGCAAUUUAUUACGACAUCGGCAAUGAUGCCUCGCAAGUAAUGAGUAAUGCCGGCUGCGUUUUCUUUACGGUGAUGUUUCUCAUGUUCACCGCUAUGAUGCCUACCAUUCUUACGUUUCCGACAGAAAUGGCUGUGUUCGUGAGAGAACAUUUAAAUUACUGGUAUUCUGUAAAAGCUUAUUAUAUCGCGAGAACUUUAGCCGAUGUACCCUUCCAAAUAGUGUAUUCUAUAGCAUACGUCAUUAUUGUAUAUUUCAUGACGUCGCAACCAUUGGAAACAAAUAGAUUCAUGAUGUAUUUAACUAUAUGUAUAUUAACAGCAUUAGUUUCUCAAUCCAUUGGUUUAGUAAUAGGAGCAGCGAUGAGCGUAGAGAGUGGAGUAUUCAUUGGCCCUGUGUCGUCAGUGCCAAUUGUUCUCUUCUCUGGUUUCUUCGUCAAUUUUGAUGCCAUUCCAAAGUAUCUGAAGUUUCUUUCAUACGUGAGUUACGUCAGAUACAGUUUCGAAGGCGCCAUGAUUUCUGUGUAUGGUUAUAAUCGUGCUAAGCUCAAGUGUUCCGAAGCGUACUGCCACUUCAAGAGCCCGACGAAGUUCCUCGAAGAAAUGUCAAUGCAGAACGCAGUCUUCUGGUUAGACGCCGUUGCAUUGACAGGUUUUCUGCUUACAUUGAGGGUGAUCGCCUACUUUGUAUUGAGACUGAAGUUACGAUCUCUUCGUUAAAACAUACAGUGGCCGAAUAUAAUUGAUAAUUAUUAUUAGGUCAUCGUAUCACGGAUAUUCAUCUCAUUUCCACUCAAACGUUUAGUCGAUGAGUUUUCGAAAAUCCGCGAUUACGAUUCUAAAUUUCGAUCUUUACUCUGCCGAAAAUAGAAAUGCCCGGACAUUUCAGUAUUGGAAUUACAGAACAGACAUGUAUUAAAGUGACGCAGUGAAAUAUUUUAAUCUUUGUUUGUUGUCAACUACUAGGAUCUUUUUUACACUUGAGCUCAUCUCAUAUAUGUAUUGUGUUGAGACUAUUGGUGUUUUAUCUCUGUGCUUGAGAUAAAACCACAAAAUCGCCUUUAGGACGUUCUAUUCCGGAUGUACAGUGCUUCGUUGAAUCGAAUUUUUCGAAAAUAUCGAAGUUUAAGAAGCCCGCAUUCACGACAAUGCGUUCCGAAUAUCAAUUGCAAUUAACGUAAUUUUCGCCAUGUAAAUAUAGGUUACAAAAACGAAACAUUUGACAUUUAUAUCUCACCGUAACUCGAUAAGAUACGUAUCUUAAAUGUUGUUUUUUACAACAUCAAACGAGAAUAACAAUAGUAGACACGUACAAAUGAUACGCAUAGAACGUUUAGGUAUUUCUAAUAAACUAGAGGAGUAUGCAAGAAUUACAUUGGAAUUGUAAAUCAUUGAUAAAAGACCGAAAAGAGACCGCGGUUGCUACUACGCAUUCAGAUGAAAUGCAAACAUUUAUAGCCAAUUAUUACAAACUCGCCAGGAGCCUUAGGCCCAUUCAAGACUCAUGGUCCCUCCAACGAGCGCGUGUGCACCACGCGAACAGUAUAGACUUUUUUUAAUAGAUAAGCAAUAGAAUUUACAAAUCAAAUAUUAGAAUGGAUCCUUUAUUGUUCUCAUAUUUACAUCGAUCGCUACGUUCAUUUAGUCUACGAAAGAUAUCUCGAAGAUAUAGCAACGAAUCAUAAACGACCAAUAAUCGUUUAAAAUAUCGGACAAAAACAGAUUUUAGCCGACACACUGCAGCACCAAAAAUUAAUUUACAUGUAAACUUAAGUCCGAUACUUAUAUAUACAUAUAUACACAUAUAUAUAUAAGUAUCGGCGAGAUAUCCGAAUAUUUGUACUAAAUGGUUUCUUACGAGAUCGCGUGCAAUCCUUACCCAUAUUGUCAUUCCAUUUAUAGAUAAUUCAAUAACUAUAAUGUUUAAGCGAUGAAGAAAAAAAUGAUAAAACAUAUAUUGUAAAAAGCUCACACCUGACCAAUCACUAGCUGCCUGUGCGUUUGCUUCUAAGUCUGGAGUGCUGAACAUUGUUACAUUUAUUACGAUAUAGACAUUUAAUUAGAGGGGUGACGGGAGUAUAUUAUUAAAAAAAAAAAAAAAGACAAAGUAAAAAAGAAGAAAACCAAAAUAGGCAUGCGAGAGUGACAAAUUUAACAAGAUUAUUCUGGUUUUGGAAACUUUUACAGAAAUUUCUUUCACGGCCUAUGCAUUGUUCUUAUCGCUGCGGGUUCAUUUACUCAACGACUAAAAAAGGAAAUAAGGAAAAAAAAAACAAAAGGUUUAUAAACUUUUCGUUUGAUUUACAAUUAGAUCUCAUGUCAUAGUUGCGUUUCGUAAUAGUUGUAAAUA